UAAGCUGGAGGAUCUUCCUACCGCUACAUUAAAGAUAUAAAUAAUAUAAAUAAAUAUCUGACAGCCCGCCCACGUUCACGUCAGCAUCUCAUUCUGUACAUACAACACGCACUUUCAGUGACAGUAAUUCCAAGCAAACCUUUCAAAAUGAAGCUCACAUCGUUCGCCACCCUCUGCCUCGGCGCGGUGCAGGCCCAGGCCGCGCAGCGGACAGACUACUUCUUCCGCUUUGCCGGCGGCAACGACAUCAUCGACGGCCAGCGCCUGCGCUCCAACAACUCGAUCGACUUUUACUCGCCCGGCGUGACCCAGCCGCCCUACAACCCGCAAGACCACUUCAUGCGCCUCAGCACCAACGCCACCGCCUGCACCCCCUCCGCCAUCCUCACCGUCGUCCCCACCAAACCCCACCCGCCGCCCGUACCAGGCUACUACGGGCUGAGCGACCUGGAGGGCGUCCCCGACGCGUACCGGCUGGUCUACACGUACCGGCUGGACGACGCCGGCGCCGGCUUCAAGUACACCGAGUGGCAGCUGGCGCGCACGGGCGAGGCGGGGCGCGUGCUGCUGCGCUAUGCGGGUGGUGGGGACGGGGGGGAGUGGGCGUGGAUCGCGAGGCGGGAGACGAGCGCGCCGGGGGAUGUGGAGAAGUGGGUCCCGUGGUAUGUGAAGCGCUCGGAGGCCAACGCUGAGACUCUGGGUACGUGGGAUAUCGAGGAUGCGGAUUUGGAGUUGGUCGAGGCGAAGGGCCCUGUGAACUCGGAAGCGCCGGGGGGUAUUCAGGAGUAGGCGAGAGCUGCUAUGGUGUUCGUACCUAUUGUAUUAUGUACAUGCCCUACUGCGUAAUUAAUACCGGCCUACUUGAGUUCCA